UAAUAAUUGUUUUAUUGGUUUGAAGUUUUGAUUCUGAGUUUAUUUGGUUUGUAAUUAAAGUUUCUUGUUUUAACAAUUUUGAGUAUUGAUAUGAUCACUUCUGCUUAGUUUGUUUGUUGAUGUUAAUGUUGUUGUUUUGGAAAAUUUAUUUGAAUGUACUUUCAACAUCAUAAGAGAAUUUUAUGUAAUGCUUCAAUAGUUGUAGAGAGUUGUUUGUAAUCAUAAAUGAACUUUGUUUUUUUUUUUAGGAAAUUUAAGUAUUUGAGAUUGAUCAUUUGAUUAGAUUAGAGUUAACAAACUCUUGAAGAAGAGCUGAAAAUUGACAUUUUUGUCUGAUGAUAAAGUUGUAGUCAUUUUGAUUUAGGAAAAACAUGCUUAAACAAGAAUAUGGUUGGAAAGAUUAGGUUCUUUUUUUUUUAUAUCUGAAUUAGGGAUGUUUAGCUUUUUAUUUUUGUUUUUCAAUUUGUGUUCUUGUUUGAAUACCCUUGUUACUAGCUUUACUCAGUUGUGUUUUCGGUUUUUCUCUGAUUCGGUUCUGUUUUGCUUUCUUCAUGGAGUUGCAAUGUGAUUGAGAAGAGUUGAUCUUUUUUUAUCUGAAUUAGGGAUAUUUAGCUGUUUAUUUUCGCUGUUGAUUUGUGUUCUUGUUAGAAUAUUCUUGUUACUAGCUUUACUCAGUUGUUGCUAGACUUUUCGAGUUUUCACUAAUUCGGUUCUGUUUUGCAUACUUCAUUUAGAUUCAUUCUUACUGAAACAACACUCAUUUUAUUUUUACAGAGAUUUGGCAACCAACUGUUCCUAAAUGGGAAAAGGAUUUCUGUGCUAAAGUGGGUUUAGUUUCAUGGAGAAAGAUACUAGAAACCAAGAAGUACAUUCAUUUGUACGAUAAAGUCAUGGAAUGGAACGAUUCUGCAUGUGAAGAAGCGUUCAAACAAGCGAAGAAAAAAUUUUGGGCUAAAAUUAAUGGCUUUGAAUCUGAAAUAGUAUUACCUGGUCCAGAUAUCUACAUUGAUGAAGUUGAUUGGGAUGCUGAAAUCGAUCCUGAGCUGUAUCUUGAUUUGGAAAGGCAACCAGAACAAAGCGAUGAUGAAGAAAGAGAUUUUAAAGAUGCUAACGGUAAUGGCUGGAAGAACAAUGUUGAACUUGGCCUUGGCAUUGACAUGAUUGUCCCGUCUGGAUGGGGUGAUGCUGAAGAAGAUUUUAAAGGAGCUGACGGUAAUGGCUGGAACAACAAUGCUGAACUUGGUGGCAUUGACAAGAUUAUCUCGUCUGGAUGAGGUGAUGAUGAAGAAGAUUUUAAAGGAGCUGACGGUAAUGGCUGGAACAAUAAUGUUGCACUUGGUGGCAUUGACAAGAUUAUCCUGACUAGAUGGGGUGAUGUUGAAGAAGAUGUUACUAGAUGAUGGUCAACAUGGUUGGUACAAUGUUGAAUUUGGUAGCAUUGACAAGAUUACCCCAACUGGAUGGGGUGAUGCUGAAGAAGAUGUUGCCCGAGAAACUUCCACGCCUAGUAUGAAUCCAAGAAAUGAUGGUCAACAUGGUCGGCAGCACAAUUAUGAUUAUAACUAGGCUACUAAACCGCGCCCAGCGCGGUUGUCUAAUUUUUUUUUUAAAUAUAUAUAAGUUACAUUAUUAUUUUUUGAAUUUGUAAAUUUUAUUUGUAAGUGUUUUGACUAAUUAUUAGUAAUAAAAAAAUAUAUAAGUAAGAAUAUGAAAGAAUGUCUAAGUAACACAAAAUUAAGCCAUUAAUAUUCAAUUUGAUUGUAUAGGGAAAAAGUAUGUAAGUCUAUAGGGCAGUUUUGUUUUUUCAUUUUUGGUUUGGUUGAAGAUUACAUUUCUAGUUUUCAUUUUUGGUCUAAAUUGUAUAGGAAAAAAGUAUGUUAGUGUAAGAGCUUAGACCCAAAACGAAUAUAAAUAGUAUCUAAUAACAAAUACAAUCAUACAAACACCACUAUGUGGGACAAUACCAAUUCAUGUUACAAAAUAAUCAAGUGGAAACACUUCAUUCAAGGACAAUUUCACUAUGUACAUGACCAUCUUCCAUUCUUAUCCAAGAUCUGAUAGAAAAAGAAUGCAGAGU